AUGAUUUCUCUCCAUAAGCCUGGCAUUCUGGUUCUGCUCGAACCCAUGUUGGCGGACUCCUCUCAGAUUAGGAUCGGGCUGAGGCUCGGCUUCCACCAAUCCAUAUCUAAUGCUUCUCAUGGUGGGAAGAUUUGGGACUUCCACCAUCACUCAAUUUCAAUUGACUUCAUUUCGGCUUCUGAGCAAUUUCUUACUUUCGCGGCUACGAUGCCUGCGCUCGGCAUCCCUCUUUUCUUCACCUGCGUGUAUGCCAAGUGCUCUUAUGUGAGGAGGGGAGAGCUGUGGGGUGAUUUGGCUGCUCAGUCCUCGGUGUUUGCCGGCCCUUGGAUUGUCUGUGGGGAUUUUAAUGCAGUCACAUCUAAUGCGGAAAGGAUUGGUGGAAAUUCCUUGUCAACUACUAGCUCCAGGGAGUUUCAAGCUGCUAUCAAUCAGGCCAGCUUGCAAGAUGCAGGCUUCUCGGGCAACGCCUUCACCUGGUGCAACAAUAGGUCAGGGCCGAACAGAAAGUGGACUAGGUUGGACCGGGCCCUUUGCUCCUCCGCUUGGCUCCACCUACUCCCCUCGUUCCUAGUCCAACACCUCCCAAGGAUCCACUCUGACCAUUCUCCGCUGCUCCUCUCUUCGCCUACGAUCCCUCCUUCCUCCCCAAAGCCGUUCCGGUUCCAGAGAAUGUGGACUCAGGACCAGAGAUUCUUGGCCCUCCUCUCCACGGCAAAGGUUGAAAUCCUUGAGCAAAAUGCCUCCCACGUCCCCUCCCCGUUGACUUUGGAUUGCUUUCACCAGGAGAAGAAGAACUUGGAGCGGCUGGAGCUCCUUGAAGAAGUUUUCUGGAAACAAAAGUCCAGGAAUAGGCGGCUCAAGGAAGGUGAUCGAAAUUUGAGGUUCUUUCACGCUUCCGCCUCUGACCGCUUCAGGAAAGCUCAGAUUAGGGAGCUGACGUUGCAAGACGGAUCCAAAACUUCGGACUUGUCUCAGAUGAAGCAGGUGGCCUCUGAGUUUUUCAAGGCCCUGUAUUCCGCGGAGCCCACUAACUCACCUAACAAUUUCACCGUCAGCAUUCCAGCGCUGGUCUCUAGUGCUGAAAAUUAUAUUCUGCUUGCGCCUCCCACCAUGGAGGAAGUCCACCUUGCAGUUAAAGCUUUACCGCUGGAGGGUGCCUCGGGCCCCGAUGGUUUUUCUUGUGCUUUCUUCGCUAGCUGCUGGCAUAUCAUUAGAGAGGACAUCCAAAGAGCAAUCAAGUUCCUCCUCCAGGGAGGUAAGAUCCCUAGAGUCUUCUCUGCAACCCUCCUUUGCUUAAUCCCUAAAAGUGCUGCCCCCAAGACCCUGUCCGAUUUUAGGCCGAUAAGUUUAUAUAAUUGCAUAUAUAAGAUUUUUUCUAAGGUAAUUACAGCCAGGUUGAGCUCCAUUCUCCCCAAGCUCAUUUCCAAAGAACAGAUGGCCUUUGUACAAGGUCGGUCCGUUUCUAAGCGCAUUGCUUUGGUCCAAGAGUUGCUCAAGGACAUCGAUAGGAAGGUCAGAGGGCACAACACCAUCUUCAAAAUUGACCUCGAGAAAGCCUACGAUCGCCUUAGCUGGUCCUUUCUCAAAGAUGUCCUCCUCAAGUUUGGUUUCUCCACUGCCUGGGUUGCUAUUGUGGAGGGUUAUUGGUCGUCCCUGUGGCUCUCCGUGCUCUUCAACGGCGAAUCCUCGGGGUUCUUCAAGUCGGGUAGAGGGCUUCGCCAGGGAGACCCCCUCUCCCCAAGCCUCUUUAUCCUAGGUUUGGAAGCAUUGAGUAGGGGCCUCUCGGCCUUAAUCCCGUCCAUCAGAUGCCAGCCCUUCAGAUCUACCAGGUUUACGCCGACCAUCUCUCACAUCCUUUUUGCGGAUGACACGAUGAUUUUCACCAACAGUGGGGCCAGGUCAGUCAGGAACCUGAUGUCCUUCCUCCAGGGCUUCUCUCGAGUGUCAGGUCUCAAGAUUAACUCGGCCAAGAGCUGUCUUAUCUCCUCCUCCAAGAUGCCGUCUUCUCGAAUCCGCAAGCUUGAGGGUUUGACAGGCUUCGCCCGUUUGCCUCCGUACUUCACCUACCUAGGGGUUCCCCGCUCCAUCGGGCGUCUCAGAUCCUCAUACUUUCAGCCUUUGGUUGACAAAAUUCUCUCUCACAUCUCGGGAUGGAAGGCCCGCUUCCUCAACCAGGCUGCCAGAUCCGUCCCAAUUAAGCACGUCCUUGCGGGUAUCCCCAUCCACACCCUUGCUGCGGUUGAUAUUCCUUCCAAAACGUUGGCUAUGCUGGAAUCUGGCUUUGCGGACUUCUUCUGGGGGUGGACUGAAGGUAACAACCUCUGGGCAGUCUUCAUGCGCGCAAAAUAUGGGAUUGUCAGCUCCCGUCCUCCCCUCGCCCAGCGCAGCGCUACGUCUCCUGCUUGGAAGAAACUCUUGCAGCAAUUUGAGUUCCUUAUGGAUCACUCUCGUCUACUCGUGGGAGAGGGAUCGAGCAAUUUUUGGGAUACCAACUGGUCUGGAAUGGGCCUCCUCAGACACCAUAUCUUAGGGGACAUUCCGACGCAUCUUCAGGAAUUGCAGAUCAAGGACUUCACUGGUCCUGAGGGCCUGUGGCCAGGCGUGACCGUCCCAUCCUCCCUUCCUGCUGAAGUUUGUGACCACAUUGCUUCGGAUGGUAUUUCCCUCACCUCUGGCCAGGACGUAUGGGUGUGGACAGCAGCAAACUUUGGAGAGUUUUUAGUUAAUUCAGCUUGGCAGAUUACCCGCCAAUUCGAAGAGGUGCAGACUUCCCACGCCAGGGCCAUCGACCUAGUUCGUAACUGGUUUUUCCGCCUUGCCUCGAAUUUCCCGCUUCCCCCUGCUAAAAACCAGAGGGAUAGAGACGCCAUUUCGGACCUCCGGCUCCCCCUCAGGGAAGGACCUCCCCGUGGCAUCUCUCUCAUCAAUUGGACCUGCCCAGUUAUGGGUUGUUUCAAGCUGAAUAUUGAUGGUUCCUCUCUUGGCAAUCCAGGCCCCUCGGCCAGCGGAGGAGUGUGCCGAGACCAUUUGGGAGAGUUUCGGUUCGGUUUUUCCAAGGGUUAUGGUCACGGCUCUAGCUUUUUAGCAGAGGUUAAAGCGGUGGUAGACGGUCUCUCCCUCUGCUUCUCCAAUGGUUACACCUCUGUUGAUGUGGAAAGCGAUUCCCUUGCGGUGGUUGAUCUGCUCUCGGGGUCUUCCAAACCUUUGUGGUUCUCCUUUUACUGGCUGAAGAAAUGUUCUACCCUAAGAGCGAGGGGAUCCAUCGCCAUUUCCUACAUCCCUAGAGAAGGCAAUCAGCUCAAUUGGUUUUCUUCAAAAAUGGUGAAGGGAAAGUGA